AUGAACGAAGGGAAAGAGUCCUCCUCCACUCCAUCACUGCCGAAAGACAAGCAAAAGCAGAAUAAUCGAAACAAACCUCCACCACACUGGAAAAAGAACAACAAGAACAACAAAAAGAACAACAGCAACAACAAGAAACCAAGCAACGCAAAUAAGAAGAAUGAAGGGACGAAAAGCACUUAUCAGUCUUCAAAUAAUAAUCAUAGUCGAUUCAUUGAUGUUUACACAUCCGACUUUCAAGCCAUGCAUGAGCGGUGUUUGAAACGUGGCAUGGCACUGCCCAUCAAAUACAAGAUUCAUAAACCCAAGACUCCUGCAUUGCAUGCCAAAUUGAAGCAAGGAACUCUUCGAUGUGUGGAUGAUAAUAACAAUGUUGAUAAUGGUGACGGUGAUGCUUCCAAGAGUAACAAGAAGCAAAUAGAUGUACCAAUCAAUAGCAACAACAUUCCCGAUGGAAUGAUUGUUCGACCCGAUUCCAAAGGGUUGCCCUUUUUCUUUUUGGGAACCAACACCACUUUGGCCGAGUUUCAACGCAAGCCACGCGAAACCGAGCGGAAGCUUUUGAACCAAAUGGAAGCAUCCUUUCAGAAUACUACGACUACUACUACUACUACUACUACUACUACUACUACUACUACUUUUAGUAGUAGUAACAUUGGUGACGCAGCGGAUAGUAGUAGUGGUGGUGGUACUGUCGACGACGAUGAUUUGACUCGAGAAAUGGCCGCACUUUCUGUUGCCACACCGCUUCCGACUAUUAACGAUCCCACAAUCAUCAAAUUUGCCUGUGCCGCCGACUUAUUGGCCGACGAACCCAAUGGAUUUGCCUGUGUGGCAUCUGGUUCUUCCAACACAAUCGAAAAGGUCCGAGAUUGGACCCGACAACAAGCCUUGAAUACGUCACGAGACGAAAAAGCGACGGAUCAUGGUGACUUUGUCGUGUGUCUUUCCAAAGAACUGUUGUGGGAGUUUCUGCAGGCAACGAAAAAGAACAAGCCUGCUGCUGCCAAUCAAAAACAACAAAUACGGUCCUUGUCACAAGUCCAACAAGAGAUUCUGUCUCUCAUGGCCGACCAAGGCGUCGUUCCACGAACCAUCAUGGAACCAAAAGAAGACGAAGAAGAAGAAGAAGCGGGCCCACCACCAACCAAGCUCAAGUUUGGUCAUCACCUCGAGUCGUUGCUGUAUUUGGUCAUGGACAAUGAUAAUAAUAACCAAAAGAAGAAAAGCAACAAGACUAAUGGACCCAACAAGACUAACUGGAGGAAUCGUUCACCGCCACCGAACUCCUCCUCCAGUGGUGACUCUUCCUCCUCCUCGAACAACAACAACGACAACGACCAUGAUGACGACUACAUGCUAAUCUAUGGCUUUGAUGAUAGUACUCCUCUUGAAGCUCAACUCGAACUCAACAUUCCUGGUGGCAAACGAUCCUUGGGCGAAACGAGUUUGGAAGCUGCCAUGCGAGAAACGGCCGAAGAAAUUAGUUUGCAAUGGGAUUCAGAAUGGAUUUGCCAGAUUUAUCAAAACAAGAAACAUCCGUACGAAAAGAUCAAUCGAUAUUACAUGCUGCAUCCACCACCGAAUCAUCCUCUAUUACUAAAAUGA